AGGCAAGUAUUUGUUUUUCUGCCUUGUUAUGUAGUGCGGCAAGUAUGUUUGUAGUGCAGGUAUGGUGCACGUUUGAAAUUGAGCGUUGAACUCCUUUGCCUGUGCACGCGUCACGCAAGUUAGCCAGCAGGAUGGGUGAACAUAAAGCAUCAGCACAGAAAAUGGAGCACAAGUGCUUUGCUGACACCGGGCAAUCGAUGCUGGACCUGCCAGACAUCGUGUUGCUCAAGAUCUGCCAACAACUGUCAGACCCGUUUGACCUGACGAGCCUUGGAAGCACCUGCCGCUACCUGCAAGAGUUCACUUCAAGCAAGUCCCUGUGGACGCAGACGGCUCUGUCGUGGUGCCAGGGUAUGUGGCACUGCCUUCCCAACAAAGCUUACUCUGGGCCGGAGGAUCCCAAGCAGUGGAUGUUCCAUCUGCUGCGGCUGUGUAUGAAAGAGCGAUCAUCGAGCAGGGAGAUCCUACUGUUUGAGGAUCAGGAGGCAUGGGACAGAAUACGGGAUGAUCAUUUUGCCUGCAAGGUUAGCAUGCUGGGCUGGACGUACAAGGCCAUCAACGAGAAGGUGUCCCCAUUUGUUCUGCGGCGUCUUUGGCUCUAUGACAUGGCCCUGUACAGGCGGCGAUGCCCGAAAAUGGACUUCAGCGAUCCAGGACAUAAGCUCAGCACAGUGUGCGUCUGCCAGCUGGCCAGCUUGGGCAGGGCCCAGGAGUAUGACCUGCGGGGUCGAAAGCAGCCUUACGUUUGCGCCUUUAACUACGUCUCGUUAUGCUCGUCAAGCGCAAGUUGGAGGGACAAGCUGUUUCCCUGCGGCCCAGCAGGCAGCAUUUGCCCAAUGUUGGUGUGCCCCUCCAUGGAUGGCUAUGCUUUGGAGUCCUCUCGUACUGACGGGCUCGUGACCUGCGUGUCGUAUGUGCUCGAGCAGCAUCUUGCUCGUGCCUGCCUUAGGGGACGUGAGACGAUUGUACAGAUGGCUGUCAAGAUCAAGCAGGCAUGCCGUGCCUUGCGAUACGCCUACGGUAACCACGCACUGGCGGCGCGUGUGAGGUGGCCAAACUGCACAGUGACCAACGCCAUCAUCAACAUGGCUGAACAGGGCUGGCCUGAUUUGGCUUCCUGGCAGGCUGACCUUGACCCAAUAGGCCUGCAGUGGAGAGAGGUGAUAUCCAAGUGUGCUGCAUUGCUGAAAAAGUAUGGAACGCUGGAUGCUAUUGUUGACGAGGCGAGGAUUCGGUGGAGGCGUUCCCUGCUGUCCAACAUCGAAGCUGUGCUUGGACGCAAUGGCACGACGACUGUUACGAGGCUCAACCUUACAGACUGCGAUGUAAUCGGCUGCGACAAUACACGCCAGGACAUGGCUGCGGCUGCAUUUGUGUCGCCUUCCGGUGUCCUAGUGACAUGGCAACUUCUUGGCAAGGGUUCCUACUGAGCAUGCAUGAGGGCAACAUGCACACAUGCACAUGAGCAUCUCAACAAAGAAGUGGUUAACGUUAAGAAAAGCUUUAGCUCAAGGCCAACUCGAAUUUCACUAUUCACAUACAUGUAAUACGCAGAAAUGCUCCCAUUGGACAGCCUAUAGAUAGAUUUGAAGGAAAUUUGUUGCAUUUGAGAAACAGCGUUAAAUUCUAGAAACUGUAGAAACCCUCGAAUUUUUUUCGAAAAUUGCCAAAGAUCGGUAGGUUUCAAAACAAUAGAAGCGUGAAGUUUCCAAAUCUGUAACUCCGCACCAAAGACAGACAGCUCAGUUCUGUAAUCUGCAUCUCUUAAAACAUGUAAAGUGGACAAAUGUUAUAUAUAUUUAUACAUUUACAGGUAAUCUGAUAUUAAUAAAAUGCUUACGAGGAUGCUGCAUCAGUCCUAGUCACAAAUUAUUAGCAUGCAUAUUACACAGUGGUGUAUAGUGUAAUAAUAUUGUCCUCUGUAGAUGUCUCUGUAGGUGCAAUUUACAGAAUUGUGAGGUAAUUUAUUAUUGCUGAGUUAGGGUUGCUAACUUAAUUUGUUCUUUAAAAUGAGCAAUGUUCAUUAAGCUUUGUAAAAAAGCGAUGGUCUAUAUAAAUAUUUACUUGCUACAGCAGGUGAAUUAUUACUUUAAAUGCAACUAACUUCAUCAAAAUCUGUACAGUGGCUGUCAGAAAAAAUGAUUUCUCCAUUCCCAUGUAUUGAGAUAGGAACCUCCGAGCUGAAGCUUCCGCGUAGAGGAAGUCGAGCAAACUCUGAUUUACCUAUGUUCAAGUGCAUGUAAAACUGAGAAAAAGUCUUAUUAAGCUGGCAUGGAAGUGAUCUUAAUUAUAAUUGCUGCAUUUAGUAGAAAUGUAAUUACAUCAAACUGAAUCUUAAUUUAGACCUUCAAUAUUCUUAAAAAUUGCAAAAGAUUGGUAAUAUAAAAAAUUUACAGUCCCGGUAAUUCAGCUAUGAAAGCAGUUCCAUCACAGUUCUGUAAACUAUCAAUUACAGUAUCUAAAGCAUAGAGAUGUGAUAUAGUAUACAGUUUAAUUGCUUCCACAAAAUUGUUACAUUGUUUACGCUGGUUUUGUCUUGGUAAUUUAAUAGUUGCUGGUAAUAUUUCAAUGUGAUACAUACUAUAUAGAAUUUGUGCGUUUUGGAAUUCAUAAUCAGCACAGUUUUCAGUUUUGUGUAAUUUGUUUUGCUGCAGAGUUGCAGAGCUGUAAAUUUUGAUGCUCCAUACUUUCUGACAUUUUCUGACAUUUGGCAAUUUUUAUGGAAACAUUGAAGGCCUACGAACAGCCUCCUCCCAACAGUCAGUAUAUUCUAACUUUCACUUAUAAAUGUAGGAAACCCCACCAAAACUUGUUCAUUGCGUAGCGAGCUAAAAUGAUUUACCGUUCUUGCACACUUAGAUAGAAAGAAGCUUUAACUGAAGCUUCCACUUAAGAGCAAGCUUUACCUCAGGAGCUCCUAUCUAAAUACAUGGGAAUAGAACAAUCUUUGGUUGCCAUUCACUGCACCAAUCUUGAUGAAGUUUGUUGCAAUUAAAAAGAGCAAAAAUUAGCAACUGUGGAAAGCAGAUUUUCUUAUUUAGGCCUUCAAUUUUUGAAGAAAGAUUGUUGAAAAUUGCGAGAUCUCAAGAAAUUCAAGUACCAAGUUUUCAGCUCUGUAAUUGGGUAAUAAAAAGCAGUAUCACAAUUCGGCAAACCGCACUUAAAGGAAGGAACCCUGAAAUACUUUUUGAACAUAGUAAGAAAAUCUUGCCGAUCUGUUCACAAGGCUCCUGUGAACAUGCGAGUCAAAUAUUAUUGCACUGCCUGCCGCAGGGAACACUUUAUGUUGUGUCAAAAGCACUCUAAAAUCGCCUGCUCUCGCUUCUGCAAUGUCAUCAUACAGCAUCAUCACAAGCAGCUCGACCUACAACAGCUAUUGACUGACUUCGUGAUUGCGAGAACAUUCUCAGUAACACAGUUAUUGCUCAUUUGAGUUAAAUAAUUGAAACAUAUGUAUGUCUGCCAUCUCAAAAAGUCUGUAAAAGGAUUUCGUUUUUGCGCUGCCGGUCUAAGCACGACAACUGUGCUUUGCUACAUGUGGCCACCGAGAAGAAAAGCAUAGAGUAGAUACCUCAGUCAUUCCAGGGUGUUACCAUGAGCCGUCCCAUAUUCUGUCUUUGGGCAGGGCUAGCGGGGCAUUGCUCCCUUAUGCCCCAUUGCUGUCUGCCCCGUAUAGCUUCCAGCACACUAGUGUAAAUGAAAGGAGAGAGAAAGCCACUGAUCGGCCCAAUAACUUCCUCUGUGCUUGACCGAUUAAAAAAAAAACCUUGUGGCAGGAGAUUCAUGAGGUGACAUAAGUUAAUUAUGAUAUCAUUCUAUAAUCAGUUAGAGUAGUGUUUCAGGGCCCAUUUAGUAAUACGUAUAUAGUGGACAAGGUUGAUGUAUUAUACACCAAUCUUAAGUAUACUGCUCAGUUGUGAGCAAGUCUUUUGCAGUAUCCUUAUAAACGUUGUAACAAUUCAUGUAAGCUUUAAAUUCAUAUUUGAAGUUACUGAUUUUUGGCAAUUUUCGUUAAAUAAUAUGAGGUCCUAAAUCAAAACUCCAGUUAUCAGAAAUGGUUACAUGUAACUUUUUCUCUGAAAUGCAACAAAUUUCUUUCGAGGUGGUCCAACAUUUGUCUAACCCCUGUGACUGCAAUGACAUCCACUGGAUUUGCUAUGGACAACCACUUCCAGGACAUAAAUAUCCUAGGGACAUGUCAGAUGGUUCUUGCAGGCAUCCUUCGCACAAUCGUUUGGCCUCACUUUUUGUGUCUUGCGGAUAUUUCUUGCAUGUCCGUGAGGAACAUCACGGGGACAUGCCGCGCACAUUCUACAGGCAUGUCGGGGCCUUUUGCACAGCGUUUGCUAUAGUGCCCUCAGCGCACACUGUGCGACAGAUGUGAUGGGCAGAACACCCAUGCAUCAAGAACAGAUACAUUGCAUGGACACGUUAUGCAUGCAUGCAUACAUGUGGAAGUGCGUUAUACUCCUCAUUCUUCUAGGCCUCUCACCAAGCACAAGUAGCUUAUUAAGCUGACUGAAGUGUUCAAUGUGUAUUGUGUCAGAAAAUUCUCAAAGUGUGAAGUACACACAUACAUGAUAGCUUCAGAUUGUAAUUUGAUUUUAAGAGAAAACAUAAUUCUCUUAUGAAGAAACUCAGAACUUUUUGGAGGACAGUCUGUUAAUAUGUACUCCGAGAAAGGUUUAUGUGCAGUAUCCUUGGGACAUUUGUGGUGGGAUAUUCUAAAAAUGAAUGUGCAAUAUUCUUGGGACGUCCUUAGAAGGAUAUUCAAAAAUGGAUGUCUGGUGGAUGUCCGCUUUGUCUCCAAAACGAUGCACAGACAUUGGGACAUGAUUUGGAUGUCCUAUGGACAAAGUGUUUUCACUGGGCCGUGAGCAUGUCUGCGUUUUACGUGUGAUUUAGGUUGUCUAACAUAUUAACCCUUCACGAAUACCUGGUUACUGGACACAUAAAUGGCAGUAAUGAUGCUGGUACUGACACCUUCGGAUGUUUUGUCCAACGACAACAUGUUAGAAAAGUUUUUGUUACGUGGAUGUUCUCGCUGAUGCAAAAUGAAAAGAGAACAUGAUUGUGUUGCUGCCAGCACUUUACACCAGUAGCUAAGCAGGAUAUGGUUGGCCACUGCAGUAGUAGCUUUUGUUAAAGUCUCUGCCACAAGGUGGCACUACCAAUGUGGCUGCUUACAUCUAUGACUCCAGCAACCCAUAGAUGGCAAUAAUGCAUGCAGGACAAUUGAAAACUCUCUAAUACCUUCUCAGCCAAAAGCACGUGCAAAAAAAAAGCAGUUUGCAAGCAAGCUUCACACCAGCAUUGUUGUUGGGUAGGUUGGCAAGACACUGCGCGCUCAUGUGUGGCAGUGUAACAUGUCUACUCAUUGAGGAAUUCCCUUCGGUGCAACGAGACAUUAUGCUGGUGUAACAUUGUUCUAAAGCGAAGCACCUCCAAGGGUCAUUUCAGCAUGCAGUCCUAGCUGUAUGUAUAUCUUUUUUAAAGCAUACCAGAGGCUAAUGUUCCUCUCAUGUAUGAAGUGAGGAUGGUGUCCAUUUUCGGACUUGAUGUUUUUGUUGUUGUUGCUACAGUUGUGUUUUGAGGUCUUUGUUCUUUUAAAGCUAGGGUGGCUUUGCUUGCAGGCGUAGCAACACAUGAAACUAGUAAGUUCCAUACUUGCAUGAAUAUGCGAGUUCAACAUGAAUGACAGAUCUUUUAAUAUUAAAAGGCCUUUUUCUGUCCGAAAUUAAGGAGUGUUAAAUGUUCUAAAGGUGAAAGUUCAUACUUGACAAAAAAUAUUUUCCUGCUUCUCCAGUAUGUCUAAAUGUAAAUGCUUUAUUUUUCAUGCAGCUACAGGCUCACCUUGUGCAGAGAAAGAUUGAAUAUGGUUGACUCUGCUGCAUGUGACGUGUUUGCGCGACAGAUUGUAGUCUCGAAACAACAGUCCUCCUAUGUAGUACCGUUGCUUACAGUAGUUUUUGGAACAGGUCUCAUGGAAUAAGGGCCACCUCAUUAUUCCAUGGCAGCCUUGGCACUUGCUGAGCAAAGAUUUGUUAACACACAAAUGUGCAGCUAAUUUUACUGUCUGCUGGUAACCACUGGCACUUUUCUUGCUGGUGAGCUUUUUGCACAUAGGCUUGCACUGCAAAAAGUUGAUGCCUGUGCCACAUCUGUGGCGUUUGCAUUUGCAGCGUUGGCUUGAUACCAGCGUACAGGCAGACUUCAUUGAUGCAUCUUACGUCUUUUGCAAUAUGGUUGCUGCGCAAAUUACAAAUAUGUCGGUUUUGUAGCACACGGUCUCACCCUCAUUGAAAUCGCUGGUCUUUAUUGCCAGCUAAAAAAAAGUGCAGGCUAGGUGUUUUUAUUGUUGGCCACACGUUCAUGUGCUGCUAUUCGCAGCUUGUAAAUAUUGUACAGCCUACAGCAGAGGCGGUGCAUAAUGUCUCAAAUGUGUGGCCUGUACUGAUAGUUUUCUUUGUUUUGUUUUUUUUUCGUGUGUGGUAAUAGUUUUGCAAAGUGCAGCAUGUUCUGGGUGCAGAGGCCUCUCGGCACAGACAUGCACAGUAUUUCACUUAGAAAGUUGUACUGUUAUUGAAUGCUUACCAAUGUUAUAUUGAUGCGAAAGCGUCAAAUGGGUCAUUGAGUGAGAAAUGACCGCUCAGCGGCGUUAAUUGACAUUAAUGAUGUUGCAUUCACAACUCACAAGUGCCUAGGUGUCCUCGGAUUGUUUUAUUGCAUGUCAUGUCACAUCAUUGAUAUUUUCAUGCUCUCUCCACCACACCUUGCGAUAACGCCAGGCAUGGCUGGACUAACGGUGUUCUUGGGCUCUCAAGAUUCUGCAAUUUUACUGAAGGGGAACUUGCCUGAGAUUGUUGUCAUUCGUUGUUGCUCUGCAUCAUCUAGAAAGCCUCUGUGCAGCAAUUUUAGAACAUGGACAAAUCCGUGCUUGAGAAAGCUACACAGAUUACUAUGUCAGCGUUUUCUGGUGGUUCUUGCUUUGCUUUGACUUUUGUUUACAAAACUUGGUCAUUUGUGUGUAAACACCCCUUUGUUAUUUAUCUUUUCAACUAAACAAAGGAAUGGUAUGAGAGCCAGGCACCUGGCACCACUAAAGAUCAAUGUUGAGCAUGAGUGGGUGACAGAAAACAUUGAAGUCUCUAGAUUCAUUGCGAGUGUCUAUGUGCUGCUGGGGAGAGGGAGGGGCACAGUUUGAGGUUUUUCCAUGUUGACUAUCUAAGUGCUUAGUAAGGCACCCGAUACCCACUGUGGUGGCUUAGUGGUUAUGACGUUGCGCUGCGAAACACGAGGUUGCGAGAUCAUAUCCUGGCCGCUGCAUUUUGAUGGGGGCGAAAUGUAUAAGUGCCCAUGUACCAUGCCUUGGGUGGUCAAAAUUAAUCAGGAGUCCCCCACUACAACAUGCCUCACAUUUAGAUUGUGGUUUUGGCACGUAAAUCCCAAGAAUUAAAUUUUCUUUUUAGUAAGGCAUCUUAUCUUUUCAUCAACAGUAGUGUCUUGAGUCCAACUCCAUCUGUGCUGUCCACAAAAGGAGCCAAGCUACUCUCUUUUUUCACAGAGUCAUGCUUUCAAGUUUCUGAAAAUGCUUCAUUUUUACUGGUGUGGACCUGCUUUACUUUUGUGUGGGUUGUGUGGGCAUUUUUUUUUUUUUCAUCUUUUUUUCUUUGUGUUGCAGCUGAUAGGACUUGGACAAGUGAAGACAACUCGGGGGCAAUCUUUCAAAUUAAGUGUUUAUUAGGAACACAAUCUUUGUCUCUAACAAGACUGGUUGCCAUGCCUGCCAUUUCCGAUUAAAUUUAAAAGUGGACAACAAUAAUUGACUAAGAGAUUUGAUGGUCAAAUUUGAUUCUUCUUCCAUCUUUAGCUGAAAGGUGUCCCUCUUUGCCACUUCUUGUCCAUCUCCUUUAGUGCUGUAUACGAAGAAGUUGCACUGCUAUCCCUGUAUUUCCACAGGUCCAAUGCUGUGAGGAUAAUUCUGUGCAAGCUUUCACAUCAGCGCGACUGUGCCACAGAUCGUUUGACUAGAUUCAGUGUGUAAAUUCUACGUUGGCGCAUAUGUGAGUUGAUGCAUGUUUCAGAUUCCUGCAUAGCUUGAUUUGUAGUAGCUUGUUUCCAGUAGGUUGUUAAACUGGGUGCCACAGAGCCCAGGUCACUGGUUUGUAUGUGCCAUGGUUAACUGGCCAUGUUUAUAACAUUUUCAUGACUGAGAUUUCAAACUAGCAUGAGAGCUUAAUGUGAUAUGAUGGGCUACUGCUGACCGUAUGGAUUGUUUAUUCAGUAACAAAUCAUUCCAAGCCAAAAACAAAGGAAAUGGUGCAGUUUUUAUACGACUAGUUGCCUAAGAAUGUUUCCCUAUUUUUGUACCAAUAAAGUAGUCAACAUUUGA